AUGGCAGACCUCGAUACAGAAUCACCGGCACAGCGCUCAGCUCGUCUGCGCCGCGAAAAGCGCAAUGCAAAGAUCCAGACCGAAGGCUCGGACAGACUGGCGCGCAUCACGCAGUUGAGUGGAAGACCUGCUCCUGCUCCCGAAGAACCAUCCAUGACACAAACUCCUACCAAAACCGCAAAGCCGACAUCAACCAUGACACCACAGCACGCAUCCAUCGAAGACCCAGACGAGGUCGACAUUUCCGAGCACUACUGGACACCCACUCCCUCGGAUCAGACUCAACUCGCCCGCCUGCAGCAGCAGCAACAACAGCAGCAGUCACCUUUUGCGCGACCAGGUCAGCAAGACGAGGAUCCCAUGCUCAAGAUGAUGCAAUCGUUGCUCAGCGGAGACCCCUCAGCAGCAGGCGGCAUCCCAGAUUCGGCCAUGGACGACCUGCCUCCUAUGCUCAAAGCCAUGAUGCAAGGUCAACGCGCAACACAGCAGCAAGCCUCAGCUCCCACUGGAACAACCUACCUCUGGCGCAUCGUUCACGCCGUCUUUGCUCUGGCUCUAGCCAUUUACAUUGCAGCCAGCGGCACCUUCAAUGGCAGCAAGCUCUCUCGCUCGGCCUCUCUUGAGGGAUCGGACUUCGGCCCUAGACUGUUCUACAUGUUCGCGACCGCAGAAGUCGUGUUGCAAUCGAGCAGAUACUUUAUGGAAAAGGGAAGACUGCAGGGAAGCGGAUGGUUGGCUACCAUCGCGAAUUCGGGCUUGGUGCCUCAGCCUUACUCCAACUACAUUAGCAUGCUGGGCAGAUAUGCUGUCAUUUGGCAGACGGUUGUUGCAGAUGCCAUGGUCAUUGUCUUUGCGCUGGGUUGUCUCGCGUGGUGGAACGGCAUGGCUACUGCCUAG